CAGUAUUAAUUUAACUGUGCGAAAAGUCAAAAAACCUAAACUUAUUCUGAACCUGCUAUUAUUGAUAAGGAUCUCCGAACAAUUUAAGUAUUUUAAUAAUAUUUCUUGAUGGGCUAUUAUAAUUUCUCUUAAUAAAAUAAGCAACUAUAUCACUUUUAAAGAUGUAGCCUAAUGUCGUCAAUAACUUUUCUAGUUCAGUACAAUUGUAAAACCCCACCCUUGCGUGUAAUGCGGAUUUCAUCUGAAAUGAAUUCCUUAAGCAGGUUGAAACAGGGAUAAAGCAUUGUCAUGGCAGUCUCAGGGACUGAUAGCAAUGGGGCAUGUUAUUGGUGUUUAAAAGCUGUUAAAUGGAUACCUGUAUUAUUUAUAGUUACUAUUGUUGCCUGGUCUUACUAUGCAUACGUUAUUCAGUUAUGUUUAAGUAACAUGGAAAACACACUAGCCCAAAUACUUUUCCUAAUAUUUUAUCACAUGCUUUUUGUCAUGUUCUGCUGGUCCUAUAUACAAACAAUAUUUACAGAUAUUGGCAGGGUGCCUAGCAAUUUUAGGAUAUCAGACGCAGAUUUUGACGCCUACAUGCAUAAUAAUGAUUCACUGGAAACACAAAAUAGAAUACUAGAAAAUUGCGCAAAAAGUUUGCCUAUAACCAAUGUUACCAUAGGCGGAAGCAUUAGAUUUUGCGAGAAAUGUAAAAAUGUCAAGCCUGAUAGAACCCAUCAUUGCUCUGUGUGUGGGGUGUGUGUUUUAAAAAUGGAUCACCACUGUCCGUGGAUUAAUAAUUGUGUUUGUUUCACAAAUUAUAAAUAUUUUGUGCUCUUUUUAGGAUACGCACUUUUAUACUGUAUUUAUAUAUGUCUAACUUCCCUUCCAUACUUUAUUGCAUUUUGGAAGGGUGACCUUCAAGGUAUGGGGAGAUUCCAUAUUUUUUUUCUAUUUUUUGUUGCUAUUAUGUUCGGUGUGAGCUUGAUGUCCUUGUUUGGGUAUCAUUGUUAUCUGGUACUGAAGAAUAGAACAACGCUUGAGGCGUUUAGACCACCCAGUUUUCGGGGACUCGGUGCUGAUAAAUAUGGCUUCCACCUGGGGCGGUAUAGAAAUUUUAAAGAGGUAUUUGGUGAUAAUCCAAAACUCUGGUUCUUACCUUUACAUACAAGUUUGGGUGAUGGUAUUGAAUACCCUGUGCAUUCAAGGCACCUCCAGAGUUCUUAUCAUUCAAUGGACAACAUACAAAACAGUUUGGGAGACGGAGUUAUAUUUCCUCAAAGGCAUAUGGACGAGGAUCAAGAGGGCCUCCUCCGGGAACACCCUUUUGAAGAAGAAGAAAGUUGUAAUUAUCGCUAUCCCUAAAAUUUGUGAUCAAAGAGAUUUAUCAACCCUAUUAGGUAGAUAUAUACAUAUAUUAUAUAUUUAGAUGUAAAUAAAAAAUUAACACAAAUUAUGUUAAUUUUCUGAAAAAUUGUCAAAUAUCACAUUUUAAAUACUGUUAUUUUAAGAUUGACUUAGUGUUGCGAUAAAUCUUUUAUGCAGGUCCAUGUUUCGCUGCGAUUUAUGUAUUUUAAAUAUUGCAUUCCUUAUUUUUUUAUGAAAAUAAAAAUGUU